AUGGAUAUUGCUUCUCUACUUGAAUGGAAACUUAACUGUUUCGAACAAUCUUUUAACACCGUAUACAAUCUAUCUAGGCGUUUUUCGAAUAAGGGAAAUAAAUGCACAUGUACUAAACUUGCGGUUCAAGUUGAUAAGAAAGAAACUGUCAAUUCCUAUGAUGUCGAUUCUGACAGCUUGCUUAUAAGGGAAGUAGAAGAAGCCCUUCAAAAAGCACAUUUAACUCUUUCUCCACAGAAGAUAAAAAAGGAGACUAUCUCCGUAGAUAGGCCUAGCAAGAGUGUCCUGAAAAUGUAUCAUGGAAACACUUGUAUAAAGAAGUCGAGACCUGAUAGCAGCGGACCUAUAACAAGGCAACGGAAAUAUAUUCCUGCCCACUAUAAAGCUCCUUAUAAAACGGAUAUACACACGCCAAACCGUAAAAAGUUAUUUACAUUAGGUCAGCCAGUAACAUCAUUUCCACCAACAAUGGACAGCAAAAGUAUGAGUGACAGAACCAUAAAAAAGAUCAACGAAACCAGUACCCAACAGGAAAAUCACACAGAAGUGAAUUUUUUCGAGGAUAUAAAUUUAUUAUGCCAUCCAGCUUCUACAUGUGACUGCUACCAAUAUCAAACUCAUCAGCAGGCUGUUUUAAUCGAAAAAUAUAAUAAAAGUGUUUCGCGCUUGUGGCUCUCAAUCUCACGUACCAGGCAAUUAUUAAGAUCGGAAGAUAGAAGUAUUAUAGUUCAGUUUUUUAAAAACAUCCCCAUGGAAUCCAAACUGUUUUUUAGUAUGUGCUUUGCUAUUCAAAAGUGUGACUUUGCCAUCGCUUUGUUCGAAAAAUUCACUAGUCUUGUGCGGUUCAUUGAUGUACAGAAAGUCAGUCAAGAUGAAAUUAACUGGGUUCAGUACGUUUUUUCAAGAUUCAGCCUCAUUUUAAAACUGUUGGAAUUACUGAUGACAAAGGUAAACCCUGAGUCAAGCGACUUGUCAACAACGAAUGUCGUUAAUGAUCCUCUCACUCAUAAUGAUCCCAUAAGUGCCUGGUUUGCUUCAAAACACCUAGUUAAACUAACUGCUCCUCCAAAUCCAUAUGAAGCGUUUCUGACUAUAGGCAACUGUCCUAGCACUCCGGGAGCAUUUUCCCGUUUAUUAGCGUUAACGGCAUGGCCUCAAAUGUGUGUAUUCAAUGGCAGCGAGAAACAAGCAUUAUUAUUUACAAACCUUUGGAGUGAGCUUGAAUCUGUCCAAACAGAACUCGAACUUCUAAACACUUUUAAAGCAAAUCUACCUAAUUUGCUUGCGGAUCAUCUAUUCACAAAAACGAUCAAUCAUGCGUCGGCUUUCCGUAAUUUAUACACACUCAUUUGCGGAAACAGUCCAUUGAUUUUGAAAAGCAACAUAUAA